AACCCUUAAAAACCAGAAUCUUCCUGUCUUUCAAUUGGGAAAAGAACAUAACAGAAAAAAAGAUCUAUACGAAACCCUAAUCGUUUUUCCAGCGGUCAAAAGAACAAAGAUGCUGAGACUAGUGUCGAAGAGACUUUUAGGCCAGGUAUCGCCACGGCCUGUUCAGAUCCUGCAACGUUGCUACCACGAGAAUGUGAUCGACCAUUUUAACAACCCUAGAAACGUAGGAUCGUUUGAUAAGAAUGAUCCGGCGGUGGGGACUGGGCUGGUCGGUGCACCUGCAUGUGGAGAUGUAAUGAAGCUGCAGAUUAAGGUAGAUGAGAAGACUGGGGAGAUUGUGGAUGCUCGCUUUAAGACGUUUGGUUGUGGUUCGGCGAUUGCCUCCUCUUCUGUUGCUACUGAAUGGGUGAAAGGGAAGCAAAUGGAGGAAGUUUUAACUAUUAAAAACACAGAGAUUGCAAAGCAUCUUUCACUUCCACCAGUGAAGCUCCAUUGCAGCAUGCUUGCUGAAGAUGCCAUCAAGGCAGCUGUGAAGGAUUACCAGACAAAACGUGAAAAAUUAAAUGGCAGUUCUGAUGCUGCAUCUGCUGAACAAGCCGCAGAAGUGUGAAUAUGGUUACUGUGUAUAUGAUGAUGAAAACCUCAAUGUUCAAAACAAUAGUGUUAUCAUGUAGCUAAGAGAAUGGAUUACUCCCCACCUCAACUACCUCUGAGGUUUGGGUUCAGAUCCUGCCCAUGAAGGGUUUGUCGCUAUAUUUUGAAUAAGAUUCUCUUGUUUAAGUACGAA